CCUCUCUCUCUCUCAGUCACUCACUGGAUAUGCUCACGAGCGAGUCAGACGGGCGCAGACAUACAGAGAAGAGUAAGCACAUGUGACACAGAACAUAUCAUGGUUGCAACUCACCAGAUGGAAACCAUUGCAUGAGAUAACAAACCUUUCUCUGAACUAAGUUCAAUGGGAGCAGAAUGUCUGUGAAUGCCCCCAGCAGCAGUGAUGCAUGUUUAAGCAUCGUUCACAGCCUGAUGUGCCACCGCCAGGGAGGAGAGAAUGAGAGCUUCGCCAAACGUGCCAUUGAAAGCCUGGUAAAGAAACUCAAAGAGAAAAGAGAUGAGCUUGACUCCCUCAUCACCGCUAUCACCACAAAUGGAGUCCAUCCAAGCAAGUGCGUCACCAUACAGAGAACGCUGGACGGACGUUUGCAGGUGGCUGGGCGGAAGGGUUUCCCUCAUGUCAUAUAUGCUCGUCUGUGGCGAUGGCCAGACCUCCACAAGAAUGAACUCAAGCAUGUCAAGUUCUGUCAGUAUGCGUUCGAUCUGAAGUACGAUAACGUGUGUGUGAACCCCUACCACUAUGAGCGUGUGGUGUCCCCUGGGAUUGUGGGAUUCAGUUUACCAAACACAGGCAGGCUGAUAAAAGAAGAGCACAUACAUGACUGCAUCCAGAUGGAGGGUCCGUCGAGUAUGACCUUACAGCAAGACCAUCAUCCUCCAGAUCACUACAGCCCACAGCCGCUGAGACUGAUGUCCCCAGAGCCUCCCCAGCGGACCACUUCCUCGGUCACUCUAUACCCCAGCCUGCCCCUCUCUCCACCCUCGAGUGCUUCCAGGUUGUCCAUGCAGGUGGAACGCCCUGAAGGACUGUUGCAGAUCGCCUCCCCAGCGGGACGAGCCUUGACCUCCAGCUCUCCACCUUCCACCCCAACACACAGUCACGCACCCACACACAGCCAGCCCUCAUCCCAGCAGCCCUCUGUUAGUCAGAGUGAAUACAACACCUCCAAACACACACAGACACAGGGCUCUUACCACACAACAACCUGGACAGGGACCAGCACAGCCUCUUAUACUCCUACUGGACCACAGCAAAAUGGGCGGAGUCACCAGCAAGCCCCUCCCCCUCAUACCAGCCACUUCUGGUCUCAGCAUCACACACCAGCCUCAUACCCUCAACCAGUCUCCAACCAUCCAGGACCAGAGUUCUGGUGCUCAGUCUCUUAUUUCGAGAUGGACGUGCAGGUCGGGGAGAUGUUUAAGGUUCUAGCAAACUGUCCUGUGGUGACGGUAGAUGGAUAUGUGGACCCUUCGGGCGGGGACCGCUUUUGCUUGGGUCAGCUUAGCAAUGUUCACCGAACUGAUGCCAGUGAGAGGGCAAGGCUUCACAUUGGUAAAGGUGUUCAGCUGGAGUGUCGUGGGGAGGGGGACGUGUGGAUGCGUUGCCUUAGUGACCAUGCUGUCUUCGUGCAAAGUUACUACCUGGACAGGGAGGCAGGGAGAGCGCCAGGGGAUGCUGUUCACAAGAUCUACCCAGGAGCCCUCAUUAAGGUGUUUGAUCUUCGUCAGUGUCACAGACAGAUGCAGCAGCAAGCUGCGACUGCGCAGGCAGCUGCAGCUGCGCAGGCUGCAGCGGUAGCUGGGAACAUCCCUGGGCCUGGCAGUGUUGGAGGAAUUGCUCCAGCCAUCAGUCUGUCGGCUGCAGCUGGAAUAGGUGUUGAUGACCUGCGUCGUUUGUGUAUCUUGCGUCUGAGUUUUGUAAAGGGUUGGGGACCUGACUACCCUCGACAGACCAUCAAGCAAACACCAUGCUGGGUGGAAGUUCAUCUACACCGUGCCUUGCAGCUGCUGGAUGAGGUCCUGCACACCAUGCCCCUCGCUGAUCCUGGACCUGCCAACUGACCCACAGACUGCAAAAUAUACAAGUCCUGUCACAAAAACUUUCGUCUUGAAAGACAGAGAAACAGAGAGACACACACACCUGCACAGGCAAACAGUGACUCAUAGUACCACAUACACGUAUAAGCCGUCAUGCCUUCACACACACACACAGUCUUUCCACAGGCUUUUCCUUGGCCAGCAAAGUGCCUCUGAACUGACCAGUGUUUAGUCCACUCUUGGGUGCUGUUGACUCGGUUGUCAUGGUAACACAGACCAAAGGCCCCACUGAUGAGUUCACACUAAUGGAGGUCCAAAAGAGGUGGAAGUAUUGAAGAGGGAGAGAAAGAUCCAUAUAGCUGAAAAUAUUAUGACGCAGUUAAUAUACUUUAAGGGAUAGUUCACCCAAAAAUGAAAAUUCUGUCAUCAUUUACUCAGGUUCAGAAAUCUCAGAUUUCAUUUAAAAUAUCUUCAUUUUUGUUUUGAAGAUUUAGAACGACAUGAGGGUGAGUAAUUGAUGACAAUUUUUUCAUUUUUGAAAAUCCUCAGAGACCAAAAAAUUGAAAUUUAUAUUUUUUACCCUUUAACAUGUCUUUAGGAUGCCAUUAGUUAUAAAACCAUUUAUUAUGGCAAAAUUACAUUGGAGUUUAAUUUGAAAAAUUGCAGCGCUCGGCAUUUAGGGUUGCAAAAAUUUACUACUAUUUUUCAAAACACUAAGUGAAUGUUUUGAAUUCACAACAGUUCAUAACUAAUAUAUUUCAAAAAUAAUAUAUUAGUAAGGACACAGUCAUGAAAAAUUAAGAAAUGUCAAUAUUUGAUCAUUUUAAUACUGUAAAUAUUCAUAUCAAAGCAAAUUUUAAAUGUAACGUAUUAAUUUUAAUACCACUUAAUUAAACAUUUUAUAUAUAGAAUAUAACGAUGAAACAGCUAAAAAUUUUUAAAUAUUUUUGUACCAUUCAUUAGCCUUCAUUGUGUGAGAACAAUAGAAAAAUGUUUCAUCCCUAAUGCCCUGUGUUGCAUUUUUGCCACUCUUCAAAAAUUGCCACUCUGAAAUUUAUCAAUUUCUGAGUGUCAUCUAUUCUACUGUUACGUCACGUGUAGUUUUUUUCCCACAUUUACUAAAAAUUAGGUAUUAUUUACUUGCUUUAUACAAACAUUGCAAUUCUGCUACACUAGGUCUUCAUGGGUAAAGCUCUGACUUAAACUGAUUUAUCAUAGUUCUUAAAGUGGCAGCUGAUCUGAAUUCUGAGUGCAAGCAGGAAGUCCAUGAACAAAUGCAUUUAAAACCAGCUAAUAAAAAGGAUAGAAAUAUGUGCUGUAGUCUACAAACCCAUUUUAUUUAACCUGACAAAUCUUGAAAUGAGACCAAAAACAAGUGAUCUCAGGAACAAAGAAUCUGCAGUUUUAAUGACAAUCAAAUUAUGAAUACCAUAAGAGUUUAUAAUUCAGUGAUACAGAGAUAAAAGUUUUGUUAACAGGGGGAUUUUCAUCUGUUAGGCUAGACAUGAGUGAUGCCAUAACAGUCUGACACAUCCAUACAUGUUCAUUCCUUUAUAAGCCAUGACACUGAGACAGGACUGAGGACACCUAGUGGUUAUUUUAAGUAUUACAUUCCCUUUAUACACAGCCCUGCAUUAGACAUGAGUUACCCGACUCUUAAGCUUUAUAUAUUACGAAUUGUGUUUAAUUCAAAGAUUAUUCGAGAGGCUGUGUUAUAUUGUGAAUAUAUUAAUGGAAAAAGGGAGUUGUUAGUAUAUGCAUUUCCUAUUAUUAAAUUUUGUCAAAUCCCACUUGCUUAUUGUAGGACAAUGUAUAAGGAGUCUGCCACUAAGAGGGCCCUCCAAACAUGUGUGUUCCAGGAUCAUGAUCCAGCCGUGACUAUAUUCAGAAUACAGUGCACACUCAAGUGCCUUAUUGCUUCCAUAAACGGUCACUACAUAAUAAAAAAUAUUAAGAAAAGUAAA